AUGUCUCCAUACUGCCUGAUUUUUGGGAAAGCAUGUCAUCUACCAUUGGAGUUGGAGCACCGAGCAUUUUGGGCUAUGAAACAGUUGAAUAUGGAUCUCAAGGCUACUGCUUACGAGAACUCAAAGUUGAUCAAGGAGCGCACCAAGAGAUGGCAUGAUUUACACAUUCAGAGGCGAGGGGUUGAAGUUGGCCAGAAAGUGUUAUUGUACAAUUCUAGACUCAAACUCUUUCCAGGAAAGCUAAGAACAAGGUGGUCGGGUCCCUAUACCAUAACUAAGGUGAUACAAUAUGGGGCUAUUGAAGUGAGUCACGAAACCAAAGGUCAUCGAUCAUUCACGCAUGAUAGUCUAGGCACUACACGCUUAUAG